AAGCUGCCGCUCUCGCAAGCUUUGGAGGCAGAGCUGCAAUGUUCCGGAUCGAAGGUCUCGCGCCGAAGUUGGACCCGGAGGAGAUGAAACGGAAGAUGUGUGAGGAUGUGGUCUCCUCCAUUCGGAACUUCCUCAUCUACGUGGCCCUGCUGAGAGUCACUCCAUAUAUCUUAAAGAAGCUGGAUAGCAUAUGAGGCUUGGGAGUCCCAUGGAUGCAUGGCAUGAAGAACCACCUGGUGACAGCUUCUCCUGUCUGCAGAUGAAAUGGCCCAGAAAGGUGUAAGACUGAUUAAACGGACAUUAAAAAAAACGAAAAAAAAAAAACAAAA